GAAACAUCCAACGCGGUUUAUCGCCAGUUUGACACCGACAACGCCCAAAACUCUAAAAACUCCAUUUCGUGCUCGCCGCUCCCCCCCCCCCCUCUAGAGGGAGACUCCCACGACAGCACCACCGGACCAGGAUGCCGCGCCGGACAUCAUGGACUCCUCUGCCGCAGCGUCGACGCUGACCAGGCAGCGCCUCAGCGUCGCCUUUUUGUCGCUUGCUGCAACCGCGACCGUGGGCUACUUCUGCUACCGCAUCUACCACCCGCCGCUCCCCGAGCCCCCCCCGGACCGUCGGCUGCACCGGAGCAACGCCGUCCGCCACCGCCGGCGCUCGAUUCCCGAUGUCGUCCGCGCCCACAGCCGCGAGCCCUCGGAGGCGUCCACCACCUCGGUCGAGUCCAACGCCGACGAGAACGCCCACCUCGGCAACGUGCAGCCCUUGAACGACGCCGAGACGGUCGCCGACGACCAUGUCAUGGAGGACAACUGGUACGAUGAUGACGCCAACAACAACCAGUUCGGCGGCCAGCAGCAGCGCGCCGGCCAGAACAUUGUCAGCCUGCUGUUCCGCGUCUCCGAGGAUAAUGCGCGCCGCAACGCCUAUGUCCACCGGGGCUGCCUGUGCAACGGCUGUGGCGUCACUCCGAUCCGCGGCAUCCGCUACCGCUGCGCCAACUGCACCGACUUUGACCUCUGCGAGACGUGCGAGUCCCAAGGGCUUCACACAAAGACCCACAUCUUCUACAAGAUCCGCGUCCCCGUCCCGCGUCUCGGCUCCCGCCCGCUGCAGCCCGUCUGGUACCCCGGCGACCCCGAGAACUGCGUCCGGCUGCUGCCCAAGCACCUGAUGGCCAAGCUCUCCAAGGAGACGGGCUUCGAGCGCCCCGAGCUGGAAGCCCUCUGGGAGCAGUGGACCUUCAUGGCCAGCACCGAGUGGCGCGAGGACCCGGACGAGCUCGGCCUGGCCAUGGACCGCAAGACGUUUGAGCGCUACCUGGUUCCGUCCGGCGGCUACCGCCACAUCGGCCCGAACCUGUUGCACGACCGCAUGUUCGCCUUCUACGACGACAACAACGACGACCUCAUCGGCUUCUCCGAGUUCCUGCGCGGCACCGCGUACCGCAAGAGGAAGGACAGGCUCCGCAAGGUGUUCAAGGGCUACGACAUCGACGGCGACGGCUACAUCAGCCGCCGCGACUGCUUGCGCUUGUUCCGGGCCUAUUACGCCAUCUUCAAGCACAUGCACAGGGACAUCCUCGACGGCCUCGACGACCAGGUUAUGAGCUCCACCGAGGUCGAGCAGCUGGUGACCAGCAGGCAGCCCCUGAGCAGUCUCUUCGGCCGCGAGGGCGGCUUCUCCCACGCCGACACGGACCGCCCCAUGGAGGGCAAGGUGGUCAACCUGAACACCGGCGAGGUCCACAUCACGGAUGGUUCAAACAGGGCCGUCAGCGAGGACACCCCCGACACUGACGACCGCCGGUCCAUCCUGACCAACGUCUUCACCCGGCAGGCACACGUUGCCGAGAGCCUCUUCAUGCCCGUCAUGGACCACCCGCGGUCGACCGGCGAGAGGACCUCGGGCCUGGAGUAUCUGAACGGGUUGCUCAACCCGCCGACGCGGAUCGGCGACCUGCCCGCGCUUCUCCUCGGCGAGACUCGUGAUGGCGAUGACUUUGUCGUCGUGGUCAAUGGCAGCGGUGGCCAGGACGGCCGCAGCGGGGACGACAACUCGUCGAGCGCGAGAGAAAACGGCGGUGCUUCCGGCUCCGGCGACGACAGUGGCGAUAAUCGCGGCAGCGCAGAUAGGUCCUCAGGAUCCGCAUCCGGCGAUGGGAAUCAGCGCCGGCCGUCGUACCGGGUCGCCUCGAGCCGUCGCCUGAGGGUGAACGCGCGGAGAAAGUUGUUUGACCGUUGGAAGAGGAGGCAGUUCUACCUGGACGAAGAGGAAGGAAUGCUGCCGCCGGAGGAUUGGAGCGAGGACGACGACAUCCUUGCCAACCUCAACAACGGCCCAGUUGACGAAUCCAAAUCUGCCCAGCCACCCUUAUCCUCUCGGUCUCGCUCGUCCUCCAAAGUCAGAUUUGCCCAAGAUACCGAUGACUUCGAGGUCAGAUCCAACCCUUCGACUUCCUCAAGGAGCAUCCCCGAGAGAUGGGGCGGCAUUGAGAUCCCCGAUGCCGAGCGAGACUUGGGCAAAGAGAUCUUCUACCAAGUCAGCCAGCAAGCCUUCAACGAGAUCCUAGACACGCUGUUCAAGGCGAAAGAGGACCUAGCCGUGCAGGCUGCCGAGACGAAAGCGCUGCGCGACCAGUACAGGCCCUUGUUCGAGUCGAUAAACCCCGACGAAGACGAUGAAAAGGACGGCGCAACCCCCGCAAAGUCCAAGGCGACCGAAGACCCCGAAUUGCAGGAGUUGCUCGCCAGGAGCGGCUAUACCAUCGACGAGGGCACCCAGAAUGACACCCAGAAUGACACCCCCAAGCCCGAAGAGGACGAGACCAGCGAUGAGGGGGGCGACGACGAUUCAUCAUUGCCGCCUCCAGUUCCAGAGGAAGGGUCCGCCGACGGGUCCUCCUCCUCGUCUGCCGAAGUCGAUACGUACCGCGACCCGACCCUGCCGCAGUUCCGGCCCAAUUCCGAGGCAGCAGCAUCCCGGGCGGGCCGAACCCAGCAGAACCCACCACACCAGGCGGCGGCGACAGCCUCGACGAGCGAGGGCCGCCGAGCCGAGCCGAACCCGCCACCUGCCUCCUCCCGGAAAUCAAGCGCCAAAGCAGCCGGAAAAACAGCGGCCGGGGACGGGAAGAAACCAGCCGCCGCCGCCGCCGCCGCCGCCGCACCCAAGCAGCCGAUCCCGCGCACCACGCUGGUCAACUGGAAGCGUCUCGACCUGGCCGAGCAGGAGGCCAAGGAGCGCGGCGGGUGGGGCCGGCUGAGCUACGACGAGUUCGAGCGCAUCUACAAGAGCGCCGAGGCCCGCGGCAACCGGCUGGACUACCUGGGCACGUGGAUCGACUUUUGCAUCCCGUCGACGUAAGACGGGAAGAGAGGCCGG